AUGUCCAAUAAUUCUCUGGAUACGGUACCAGAAAAUACCCUGCGAUCUCGACAUUUGGCGGUCAAGCUCCUGGAAAUCUCUGUGCUGUUUGUCAUCACCGUCAUAUCUUUGGGAGGAAAUAUAUUAGUUUGCAUAACGGUUUAUCGAAAGAAAGUUCUACGGACCAUCACGAACAUGUUCAUAGUUGCGUUAUGCGUUGCGGACAUUCUGCUAGCGGCUUUUGCGAUGCCGCUAACUCUAGGUGUUUUGAUAGUGGACUAUUGGCCGUUCAGUGAUACAAUUUGUCAAAUUCAAGGCUUCAGCAUUCAUCUGUUGGUUUUCCAAUCGCUUCAGAUCAUUACUUUGACGGCCACGAACAGAAACUUGAACGUCGUUCGACCGUGGCUUUACAAGCGCAUUUUCACACGAUGGAAAACUUUACUUAUAAUCAUCGCCGUCAGCGUUUUGACAGCUGUUGUUUUAGGAAUUCUGGCUAUUUUUCUGUCUUCCAGAUAUGUAUUUCACCCUGGAAAAGCAAUCUGUGUCAUGACGUUCCCGACGAUCGACCACAGUUUUCGUUUUACGAUUGCAUUUAGUCUUCUCUUCGUCGCUUUCCCAACAAUCGUCAUUUUCUCGUGUUACAUACGAGUUCUGCGGACCAUAAGAAAUCAUCGUCGAGAGUACGACGCCUCACGAGGAGAACACGACUCCAGAUCGGUAUUAAGCCGAGAAGAAGUGAAACUGUCCAAAAUAAUUUUUAUUAUAAUUAUAGGAUUCUUGUUUUGUUGGCUCCCUUGCGUUAUUAUAGACAUCAUCGACUCAACUCGCGCGGCAUGGUUUCCCCGUCAAUUGUACAUGUUUUACACAUUUUUGGCUUACACGAGCGCUGUCUUAAACCCCUGGAUUUAUGGGUUUAAUAAUAAGCUAGUUCGCAGAGAAAUGCUCUUUUUACUGACAACGAUAUGUAGAGUUUGCCAUAUCUGUAGGUAAAAAACGUGAAGAUUUUAUAUAUGUAACAGGUGGUUAUUUUGAAAAGAGUUUUAGUGUAAGAGCAUAUAAUUAUAUAGUACUUUGUUAACAUUGUCCAGUAGCUUUUAUUUUGUUUUCUGUUAACUGACGAAAAUACUGCAAACAUAGUCCACCUAUAAAGAUCGCGUGCUGAAAAAAAAAACCACUUUACCGCAGGUAAACACUAUUAAUAAACUAGGAAUUUUUUAAUGAUAUUUAUUAAUUCAUGUAGUUGUUUUACAAAGUGUUUUGUUUUAUCCUAGUCAGUAUAGCAAAAACAAAAGAGAAGAGGCUAGAAUUUUUACAACUAAACAAUUCAACGUAUAAAAGAAGAUGUUUUAUAUGAUGCUCAGUUAAUUUUUAUUUUAAGUUAUAAGUCUGGACGAAUAACCAAUAUUUCAAUUGCAGCUAAAUGUUUUUUGUAGUCUUUGCAGAAGCUUCAGGAAUACAAAUUCCCCUAAAGCCUUAUUUCCGCCCACGUAGGCAGAUUUUAAAUUAAUUUUAUCACAAGGAUAAUUGAAACUAUUUCCAGUUGCAUUCAUAUUUAUAUUUUGUGGGCCACACAGACAUUUCAUUCUCCACAGUCUGCCUAUUUAUCAAUAUACAGCAGUAUACAUGUAUCCGCCGGAUCAUAAAACAACUCACGUAGUUCACGUCCGGUCAAUUCAAAAAAUGGAAUAAAGGCUCUCAUAUAUUUGUCACAAAUCGAUGUGUUUAUCUCCCACUCCUAACUCCCUUUCUUGCUUUAAAGAACAACAAAAGAGUCAAGAAAGUUCCAAAUUGGUAAACGUUUGGGCACGAAUCAAAAAUAACUUGACGCCAGACCCUCAGGCUUUUGUCUGCGGAAAUACGAAUUUUAAACGGUUCACGCCAAAAUGCUAGCUGUUUUCGUUGAGUCAUAUAUAAUUUUUAUGUGCCAUGUGACGACUAGUAGUCAUUAUCGUCAGCUCGUUUCAGUCUAUCAAUUCAAACUGGUCAGGCUUGAGACAAAUUACAAGUUCUGAUCACGAAACGAAUUUUAACCAUAAAUUUUUUGGAAGACGGUUUCUUUUUUAGUCCUCCUUACGCCGACUAAAGACUGAGUGCCAGGGAGGGCUUGUCGCUCUUCAGGCGAGAAAGAAGAAGAAAUUGCAAAAGAACCUCUUAGCAUUAAAAGGGAACAGCGGCAUUAUUGACCAUUACUUUAAAAUCCAUAACAGUUUGUCUGUACAUCUUAUUUUCCACUUUAAUUCUGCAUAUAGUGAUCGACAGGCAUUUAGCUUCACAGCGGGCUAUGGUAUAUUUUUGUUUUCCUGAAAUCAAAUCGUAUAUCCUCACUUUAGGCACCUAAUUAAAACACAGCGGUGUUUAUACCCACGUUGCCUAUACCAGAAGAAAGAUGUGUAAAAAUUGUCAUCGGAGGAGAACACGGGUUGUUGCUUUCCUCCUUUUAAACAGUUCCGCGCGAUUUGUCUUUGUACAGUCGUGACGUCACGCUUGGGAUUUUGUCCUCAGUUUUCUAGAACUCCGACUUGUUUAGAAGAUGCAGGCUGCCGACCUAAUCAGUUUCACAAGAAAAAUAUAAACAGAAAUUCGUUGACAAAACAUAGUCGAGGGUAAUUAUUAUAUGGACACAUUCGACGUCGAUCCCGCUUUUGAUCCACCUGAGAGCUGUCGCUUUCUAGUCACAUUUUUGUGUAAAAUAUUUCUUUUAACUUUCUAUGGUUAAGUUUAAUAGCCGCUUGCUAUGUGAUCACGCCCAAACCGUCUCGAUUAAAAGCCCAGCCUCUCAGAAGAGUUAUUUGUGGUGUUCUUUUUUUCUUUACACUUUAAAUCCUCUAUAAAUUGCUUCUUUAUUUGUCUCGUAAUUUUUGGGAAGUUUUUCUCCCCAAUAAAUUAUUAAAAUUGUUGUUUCACAAGCAUCAGGGUGGAAAAGAAAAAAACCAAAAGUUCAUCAAGCCUUCUGUCUAUCUGCCGUGAAUGUCAGAAGCAGUAGCCGAUCCAGACCUUCAGAUAAGUAGGAAGGGGGGGACGGUCAUCCAGACCCUGAGGUAAGGGGGGGGGGGGGCUGGUCCCCCCAAAUUUUUUUGGUCUAAAAAAAAGGGGGGCCCUCCCCUGGAUUCGCCACUGAGGAGAUAAGCCUUAAAAAACGUCAUAGCGUGCUCCCCCAGAAAGUAUUGAAAUCUUGAUUCUCUGAAACGGCAUUUUUAGCGUUCUGAGAGGAAAAUUGCUGUCUGAAAUGUUCGAUAAAACAAUUGUUAUUUUCAUGCCUAUUUAUGUUUGCGUGUCUUCGAGUACAAGUGCUAGAUCCAGGAGCCCAUGUUUCGUUUUUUUUUUUUUUGGAGAUCAGUUUUAAGUAUCCUCUGUUUUUGUGUAAGUAUCAUAAGAAUUCAUAUGAUAUGAAAUAUCGGAACAGAUGUCAAAAUCCGGAUUUCUUCCUAUCCCGAUCACAUUUUGGUCGGGACUCGGGACUCGGGAUUUCAAGCAAGAUCGGGAUAGUUACUCAAACACUACAGAGUUCUUACCAGACCGCGGCAUUACGGCAUUGCCGCACUUUUUCGGCAAAUGCCGUGCACUUCAAUUAGCGUAAGGUGUCCCAAGGGCACAAAGAAGGAUAAAAAACCUGUCACAAAACAUACGUAAACAUACGUACACAUACUUGUAUUCUGGGUAGAACGUAUUUCGUAGAGCGCUCAAUUUAUUUAAGCAUUGACUAUUAAUAAUCACAGGAAUUCAGGCUUCAGGAGUAAUCAUCGAUCGUUUAUUGCGACAGUGCUGUUUCGUAUGGUCCGAAAUUGUAGGACCACACUCAUCAGGCAACUUCAACGAUUGACCGUUAAAAUUAAAAGGUGGCAGUAAAAUUUGGGUGGUUGUUAUAAGGAUGCGUUAAGAGACAUCAGAAACUCAUAAGGGGUUGAACAACCCCUUAUGAGUUUCUGGAGACAUACGUUCAUUUCCUUAUAAUAUAAGCCAAAAUUAUAUUGGUUAUGGCGUCUUUAGAAAACACUCAUCAUUACUGCGCUUUUCAAAAACACGCCAAUUCUGAAGUUCAAAAGCCAACUGACGAUUGUGUUUUUCGCUGCCGUCAAUCUUCUUUACGGACCUCUUAGGAACAAAAUUUUACUUUAACGGGUUCAAAAGGUCAUCGUUUGUGGUUUGUGAUUGGUAGAUUUCGAUUCGUUUUGUGUGUUUCUCUGUUUCAAGGUUCGUUGCUUGUGAUCGUAAUUAUGAUUGACGGCAGCGAAAAACGCAAUUGUGAAGGCGGCUUUUGAACUUUAGAGUUCGCAUGUUUGUGAAAAGCGUGGUAAACGUUGAGUUAUCUAUCUCUCGGUACCAUCAUUACAAAAAAACUGAAAAAAUGGAAGUGAAGAGGAAAAUAAGGAAAAGGAAGAAAAAUAGACUACGAGCAGUCUCUCUUUUUUCUGUAGUCCGUCGAGCAAAACGCGAGACACGCAAAUGGCCACGCGCGUGUUUGAUGGCGCGAGACGGGAGAGGCACUCGCCCUCGUUUGGCGCGUCUCGCGGCUUCGCCACUGCCGCGCGCGUGCAUUGCUCUCACUAAAGAGACUGCUCGCAGUCUAAAGAAAACUGAUCGCGUGGAUCUGGGAACUAUACAGGAUCCGCCAUUUUUGUCAAUUCCCUGGAAACCGGCGACGUAGCUUUGUCUUGACCCACCAGUAGCGAUUUUUUCCAAUACAAACACGUCAUGGCUUCAAACGAAGGCGAAGAUUCCCAUACGAAGGGAAAGACCAUUAAGGAACGACUUAAGAUGAUGCUCAAUAACGACGUUAUGAGCGAUGUCACGUUUGUGAUCAAAGAUGCAAUGGAGGACGUGGUUGUAUUCAAAGCUCAUAAGUUUGUGCUCGCUGUAAGCAGUCCAGUGUUUUAUGCCAUGUUUUACGGCAGACUUUCGGAGAGAAAAGACAAAAUCGAGCUACCUGACUCAACCUCGUCCCCAGGGCUUUUCCCCCAUUUAAGGGAAAAGCCCUGGGGACGAGGUUGUACCUGACUGUGACUCUGAGAGCUUUCUUGAAUUCCUUCGGUUUCUGUACUGUGAUGAAGUUAACCUCACUGGGAGUUCAGUGCUGCAAGUUUUAUACUUGGCAAAGAAGUAUAUAGUACCGCAAUUAGAGAUCGCCCGACCUAUCCAAUGGAACAGUUCGGCAAUCGAACCCAAUCGAACACCAAUCGUUCGAUUGCUGAACUCAAUCGAACAUAAUCGAAUUCACAAUAAAAUUUUGCCAAUCGAACACAAUCGAACGUUCGAUUACCGAACGAUUGGUAAUCGAACCCAAUCGAACGUUCGAUUACCGAACGAUUGGUAUAAUCGAACGUUCGAUUAACGGACGCCGCAUCGCAUGAUAGGCACGUGGUAUUGGAAAAUUCCGAAGGUGAAAGUGAAGUCACCGCUAACUCCCUUCCCUUUUUACGCGGCUUUUGCUGAGCUCUGAAACCCAGGACUGAAAUGUCUGAAAUGUCAAACACGGAGGAGAGGGAGGACACUGCAUGUAAUUUCCUCCCUCUCCUCCGUGUUUGACAUUUGUAUUGAAAUUACAUGCAGUGUAAAAGGUUACCAAGAAUGUAAUUUUACUGUUGAUGUGGGAGAAGAAUUCUUUAUCUUUAAGAAGAUUGGCUCUAAGGGAAGAGUUUUCAAAGUUACCAACACUAAAGGGCAGUUAGGAAAUCUUGAGCGGACGUUGGUCUCACCACUUUAGCCCUUUAAGGACGGGAUGAAAUGGUGAGUUAUGAUCCCACUUACGGGCACUUAUGCUAAACGGAUUUUGUUUUCACCGGGUUUAAAGGAGAGAGUAAUGGCUGCAGCGAGGUCCCUUCUGCUUAUUAUAAUACUAAUUUUAAACACAACUGCCUGUGUUGCUGUUGUUGAAAUGGUGCGAUUUUUCUCUGUUGAGAAGCAUUUCCUUUUAACAGUCACAGUACCUUAACAGUCAUCGAAAUUGCCUUUUAUUUGUUUUGUUUUGUUCGAACAUUGACAUUCUUGCAGUAUGAUGUUCAGUUCCUGUUUAUUCAAUAAAAGCUGACAAUGAUUAUAUUCCACGUGUUUUACUCAGUUUGAGGCGUCAAGAGACAAUUGCAUUAGAUUAGUUCGAUUUUGUUCGAUUAUAUUGGUUCGAUUGGUUCGAAAAUCGAACUCACAGUAAAAUAGGUGUUCGAUUUUGUUCGAUUGCCCAACCCAAUCGAACGAUUGGAGUUCGAUUGGGUUCGAUUGUUUUUUUGUUCGGUUUUGUUCGAUUGGAUAGGUCAGGAGAUAGCUUGCUCGACGUUUUUGACCGAAAACCUCUCUUCUGAAAACGUUUUCGAUAUCCUUCCUCAUGCAAAGAGUUUCGAAGACGACGAGCUUGUUGCUCGUUGCUGGGAAGUUGAGGAUGUCAGCGCUCAAGAAGCGGUGAAAUCGGAGACAUUUCCAUCAAUAACAAAAGAACUUCUCUUUGAAGUCAUCACACGAGAUGGGCUUUCAAUUCACGAGAUUGAGUUAUUCCAAGCUGUAGACCGCUGGGCUGCUGCGGAAUGUGUUAGACAAGAUCUUGAACCCACAAAAGACAAUAAGAGAAGAGUAACAAGGGAGGAUAUUAUAAACAAUAUUCGCUUUCCUCUCAUGACUCAAGCACAGUUUGCAAGAGAGGUCCCUCUCUCUGGUCUGCUCCCCAAAGACGAGAUUAUUUAG